AAAAAAAAUAACAACAGCAAACGUUUCUAACAAUAGUAAAUUUCUAUUCCUUUAUUCCUUGAUUAACACAUUAAUUAACACAUAAAAAUACAGAGAUAAAUUUCGACGGAUCUUUUUAAUAAUUUAAAUAAUUAAAAAUUCAAAAAUAUAUUUUAACCAUUACUUUUAUUGAAUUUUUAUAAGUUUAAUUUAAUUUUAAGUUUUUAAAAUGUCGGAUAAAAAAAUUUGUGAAGUUUGUAGAAGCACAAAUUUUGUAAUUGAAGACGGAAACUUUUUUUGUACACAGUGUUUUACUCAAAAUGAAAAUAUUCUUGAGAAUAUAAAAGAGACAAGGAUUGAUCGAACGACACAUAUAAAAACUGUAAGAAAAAUAAAAGCUAAAAAAGCUGAUAAACUAAUUGAAGGAUGGACAUCGUGGGAAUUAUACAAUUUUGUUAUUUAUGGACUAAGUAAUGAAGUUAUUGAACUUGGAGCUCCAUCAACAAUAAAAUUAACAAUAUUACAAUUAUGGACAGCUUAUUUAAAAAAAUUAGAAGUUGCAUUUACUUCCAAGGGAAAGAAGAUUAUUCCAAAAUUAGCAAAAGUAUUCAACAAAAGAGAUGCAGAAAUUAUUUACGGAAAAAUUGAACAACGAAAAAAACGAAAAAGAAGAAAAAGUAAUACCAGUGCUUCGUCUAUGACUUCUAGUUUUCAAAGCUCAGGAAGUAACAAAAGAAUGUCACAGCAAUUUUUGGCAAACUCUAUGGCGGCGGAAUACGAGAAAGUAAGCUCAGCAAAUGAUUCAUUAAGUUCAUUUUCAGCAAAUCAAAGUUUAAGUAGCUUGCAAUCUAGUUUUAGUCAAGGUUCUUCUACUAAAACCAAAUUAAAAUUCAAUAGAGGUGCUAGAGCAGAAGCAAGAAAAAUAAAGGUACUGUCAUCGAAAGUCUCCUAUUCGCGACGUCGAAAAUCCAGAAAAGGACAAGUAACCUCGCGUUAUAAACUAGGACCACAAGUAAUUACACCAACAAAAUUAUGGGCGAUAAUUUAUCUUGCACUCAGAAUACAUGAUGUUGAUAUUCAACUAUCGGAUAUGCUUCGAUAUGGCAAAGAAGGACAUUUAUCGUAUUACAAAAUGGAUCAUUUGAUUCCCGAGGAAGUUUCUUUAAGCAAACAGAAUGUUACCAUGCUAACUCCAAUAAAUGAAUUGACAUACAAAGGUCUUCGAGAAUUAUCGGCUGGUAUUGCAAAUUUUCUAAACGUCACUUUUGACACACCAAAUUUUUUAUGUCUUGUUGAAAAAUAUUGUCAAGAACUACAACUUCCAAGAGGAAUUUUACUAUAUACAGAAAAACUGUUGACUCUAUGUUCUCCAAAGAUGAAGUUUUAUGGACAGAACUUUAUUCCAAAUUAUGAAGGCAGAGCAAUGGCUUUUAUUAUAGUCAUAAUGAAAAUUUUGUUUGGUUUGGAUGGAAUAACUGAAUUUGAAAUCAGCAGAGUUGCAGAAAAGAUAAACAAAGAAGGUAGUGAGAAAGAAGUUCUUUUAUCGAGACUGUUUAGUUUUCGUGAAUGGCAGCGUUUUAUUGAAUGUCGACAUGCUGUUUUAUCGGAAGUCCAUUUUCCAAGCAAUAUCAAAUACAAUCCCGAUGCACCUGGAAAUAGUCAUUUGUUUCUCAGAUUUUUGGGUCUCAUACAAUCGAAAAGGGAAAGCGAACAAGCGCUAGUUGUUAAUACGGUGAAACCAAUUCCAGAACUUUUACGAAAAGGAUUUCAAUCGUGUUUCGAUACUUUAAAUGAAAAUCUUCCACCGUUAAAAGAAAUUGUCAUGUUUCCUCCAUCACUAACGCCACAAUAUUCCUAUAUUCAACAACUUUUGGAUGAUCCUUACAAUGACUUGCCUGCAAUUCUCAAGAUAAAUUUUUAUGACACAAAAAUUGGGUACACGACAAAGUCAGAUUUAUUGGAGGAGUUGGCAAAUCAAUGUGACAUUGAACUAAAAAUUAUCGACACCAACUUGCACUUUGUGGAGAAACAAGUUUCCGAAUUCAACGAUCCACUAGUGUUGAGUAAGCAAAAAUUAACUGAAAAUGUGAUAAUAGAAGAGCCUGAAAGAAAAGGGAAAAAUUCAGUCAAAAGCGAAAAUCUAUUUGAUUAUUUACAUCGAAAAGUUGACAGUAAAGUGGCGGUAAAUUAUACGAAAAAAAAUUAUUACGAUAUUAUGAAAUCUUCGACUAACGAAGUAUUGGAAUCGAAUUAUUCGAAUGAAUUUAAUUUCGAUCAAGUUGGAUUUGAUGGAAAAUUGUUGACUCAAAUUGAUAGUGACUCUGAGGAUGAAAAAUUGAACAAAUCUUUAAAUAAGAUAAAUUUAAUGUCCAAUGAUAAUGUUGCAGAAAAGAAAUUUCAAAAAACAUAUAAUUUAAGUUUAUCAAAACACGAGGAAAAAGCUGCGAUUGAAUCGAAAAAUAUUUUAAGUAAACGACGUAAAAUUGAAAAAAUUUACCAUCGUAAUGCAAGAGGAAGAUUUGUCAUGAGCAAAGAAAAAUCUAAUGAAAUAGAGGGAGAAGAAUCCAGUAGCAGCGUGGAAAUUGAAGUUGACGAAUUUGUAAAUUUUAAAGAUGAAAAUUUGACAGAAGAUCCGGAAAUUUUUAUUUUGAAAGAUUUUAAUGAAAACCGAAAUAUUUUCAAUCGUUGUGUAAGUUUUCGACCCUAUAAAGAUUAUUGGAUGUAUAAUUGUCUAUUUAGUCGCAUGAGAUUAAAUAAUUUUCAAUUAUUUGAGAAAGAAUUACCAAUCAGUUUUCGUUGGUUAUUGCGCAAAUGUGCUGAUACUAUUGAAAUGUCAGAGCUCGAUUUAUAUGAAGAAGUUUGUCUCGUAGAAGCUUAUUGUACUCAUAUUUUAAAACCUCAUUUGGAAGGUGAAGAAAAAGGAAAUUCUCAAAACUCUGUCAAUAAAAAAUAUCGUAACUCUAUUUUACAAAAGUGGUAACAAUUUGAAGUUGAAAAAAAACGAAUCAAACUCAUCCGUUAAAAAUGGAAACUUGAGUUUAUCACCUACAGUUCAACUUAAAUUUUAAAUUUAAAAAUAUUUUAUUUUAAACUUUCGAAUUUGAUUUUUCAAUUACUUCUUUUUAUUAUUUUUAAACUAAAAUCAUUAAUUGUUAAAGUUUUUUAAACAUAAAAGUUGUAAAAAUAAUGUGAAAAUAAAAAAGCUGUGUAAAAAAUA